AUGGCCACCGAUAAAGAUGCUACGGAAUCAAACGAUUCAAGUGGAUUCCUUUCAACGCUUGAUAGUGAUGCUAAAAGAGAUUUGGACGAGUUAGCAGUGUGGUUACGGACGGCAGAAAUGGUAGCUCAGGGAGAAAGCACUUGGCGCUGUGUUGAUAUAGCAAAAUUUCAGAAGAUCAAUCCACUGCUAACCAAGUUGAAUGUGGACAAAGAUGGCUGCAAAUUUACGCUCUACAGAAUUUCCGGAUGCAUGACGAUUCAAAAAGGACCGGGGGUCCACAAUUUUUUCUUUCCACUACUGGGAGCUGUAGACAUCCAUGGCGUACGCUUGGAGCCAGGGAAAUUCGCGCGGUUUACAAGUGAUCAGGACAUCGAUGCGCAAUUGGACUUUCUCGUUAUCUCAGUGCCAGAAGCGUUUUCAAUGUCUGAUGAUGACAAGCUGAAAUGA